AUGGGUAUUGAAGCACUCCCACAAGCUACAGUGAGAGUGCUGGGAGCAUCACAAGUCCUCACUGAUCCUGCUGCUGUUGUCAAAGAACUGCUCGAUAAUGCAUACGAUGCCAAUGCGACCUCAAUUGCUGUGGAAAUACAUAACAAUACCAUCGAUGUGAUUCAAGUCCGCGACAAUGGGCACGGCGUUGCACCUCAGGAUCGACCAUUGAUAGCGAGGCGUUACUGCACCUCGAAAAUAUCUCAUGAUAGCGAGCUCAAAGAUAUUGGCGGCUCCUCACUCGGCUUCCGUGGAGAAGCGCUUGCGAGCGCUGCCGAGCUGAGUGGAUCACUUACCAUCAGUACUAGAAUCGAAGGGGAGCAAGUGGCGGCGGCGCUCAAGAUCAGCCAGAAUGGCGAAGUUGUUGGCCAGGAAAAAGCUUCUUUGCCUGUCGGCACCACAGUCCGCAUCACUGACUUCAUCAAAUCGAAUCCUGUGCGUCGGCAAGUAGUGCUCAAGGGCACUGAGAACUGCCUGAAGAAGAUCAAGCGUACCUUGCAGGCCUACGCAUUUGCGCGACCACACGUGCGACUCUCUCUGCGCGUGCUGAAGGCGAAGAACACGAAGUCUGACUGGGUGUAUGCUCCGAAGUUGAAUGGUAACGCUGAAGAUGCCGCUUUCAAGGUUGUGGGCGCAGCUUGUGCCUCGCAGUGCAUGUGGUCUGUCCUAGAGUCCGGCGGCUUUUCCUUUCACGCUUUUCUUCCUUGUUUGGACGCUGAUCCCAGCAAGAUAAGCAAUGUUGGACCAUUCAUAUCUGUGGAUUCUCGACCUGUGUCAGCUGCUCGAGGAAUCUUCAAGCAGGUAUCCAAGAUCUUCCGGGAAGCAUUGAAAAGUGCCGCAGCCAGCCUUGUCGAUCUCAAGGACCCAUUCCUCUACCUUGAGAUUCAGUGUCCGCGAGGCAGCUAUGACGCCAAUCUUGAGCCAGCAAAAGAUGACCUCCUGUUCGAGGACGCCGACGUUGUGAUCGACACGGCGCGUAGACUGUUCGCUAUGGCGUAU